AUGGCCGGAGAUGGUCCCAGAGAUAGAAAGCGCCGUAGACUGGACAAUGACCCGCAGCACCCUGACGGCGAUAUCAGAGGUGCCUUCGAACUUCACAACCUCCUUCGAUUUCGGCAGAGUGCCGAGCCAGAAGUAAAAGCCGGGAUCGAUAGAUUCAGGAGCUUCCUGAUAGAAAUAUCAAGCAAAGAGCCCACCGAGAAGACGAUUCUGCUCAAGGUGCUCAAACAGUACUGUGACGAUCAGUCAUCAUCCUCGAAUGAAGAGGUCGACUUCCGGGACCUGCUGUCGACAUGGUCAUUUGCAGCACAGAACAACAUCGACGCCAUCACUUCUGCUGUGCCUGCGGCUCUUGCUCAGUUCUUCCGCACCAUCAGCAAUGACUUAGAGUUCCGCGAGUUCGGCCUCUCCCUUUGCCACAGCUUGCUGAAGUCUGACCAACUACAUCUCUUGGAUCGUGGUUUAUCUGCGCCAAAGCACAAGGACUUUGUGAUCUCACCAUGCCUCCGACUCCUGACCGAGAUGAUCAGCUUCGACGCAGGUGCACUAGCAGCGGAUGUCUUUUCUCGACGAGACGUCCUCUUCAAGCGUCUAGACACACUGCUUGAUGCGUCCACUCGACGUCAAGAUGAAGCAGAUCGCCGCCGACCAACGGUCAGACGGAAUGCGCAACGUCUACUUCUGGCUAUGCUGAGGUAUUUGGAUGCCGAGGCGAAGACUGAGCUGAUCACGCAAGGAAAGGCGUUGUAUUCAUGCAUCCGGAGCCUGAUAUUUGACGGUGGUGAUAUUGUUCGCGAUAUUCUGAAGACAGUUCGGUUAAGUCUCCUGGGCUCGGAGCUUCAAAAGGCCACAAAGACUCGCUUCCUCAAUGCUGGCAACCUUCAGCUAUUCGCACAACUGUACGACUUUGAGGCUGAGGAGGUAGAUGAGACUACUGAUGUGGUAUCAGUUCGCCAGGCGGCCCACGACUUCCUCAUACAUGCUUGCACCUCCGAUACUGGUGCCGUGGUCGCUCAGAACGGUUGGUACCCGGCCAAUUACGAGCUCCAUGGUUCUUUCGACGAUGAUGACUCUGGCAUCGACCUAGGCUUAGACUCACCAUACUAUGCAGACGACUAUACGACCAGUGUUCCCGUCAAGAACACUAACCUGUCACUUUUCUUGCAGAAGUUGAAGCCUGCUUCCGAUGUCCUACAAGCGGAGUUGGUCACCAAGAUCUUCGCAGCGGCGCCCGAGCUUGUUGCAGACUACUUCUGCAAGCGGCCAAAAUCAUUAGGCGCACCGUCGGACGACGACAGCUGGCUUGGAGAGUUUGGAUUUCUAUUCUCGGUUGUGGAUUUACCAGCGCCGCCACAUCUAGGCUUUGGUGUCCGUUCAGCAAUAUCUCCGCCACCAUUGUCGAUUGCUGCCGAGAACAUACUACCUCGAUCUCUGGAUCGAACAACGACUACGGCCUUCCUCAAGAAGACCGAAGAUAUGACCACCAUGUCUGCCUGUCGCCUGUUGACAGUCGCGUUGCGGAAGUUGGGGACCGUCAUAAAGAUGUUUAGAUCCGUAUCAGGACCACGCCAUUUGUGGAUUCAAGCUAUCACCAAGCUCUCCAGCAUCAUUACCGCCCGAGCGCCUCUAUACAACGAGAUAGUAGCAGCCCUCCAGAAGACACCAAAAGACAACCAGGCAGUUAGAGGUGCUGUGCUCGAAUGUAUGGCUGCGUACAAAAAGGUCUUGCCAGCGGCGACUGCAGCCUCCAGCUUUGACAUUACCCCAGCCUUGCUUGGUGUCCUUCAACAGCUACACAGGAUCGGCAAUGAUUCCCCAGCCCAGGAUGGUCUCGAAACGCAAAAGGUCGCUCUAGUAACCAUUGCCGGUCUUUCACGAGGCACUAAAUGGUGGCAUAAGCCCAGUACCGAGCAUCUUUCGCCGAUUAUGGCUCUCCUGAUCGACGCUACAGGUGAUCGUUCGCACGCUUCCGCGGAGCCCAUCAUCCGUAGUACGCUCGAAGCAAUCUUCGUCGAGAAGGGCAUACUUUGCCCCGGCAAGCUUGCCUGGAUCGCUCUUGAGCAAAGCCUGAGGAGCACUAGUUCGACACUCGAGAAUUACGACGGGACUCUCAUGCUCUUCCUCGAGAAUUGCAUGAUCCGAACGAUGAAGCAGCCGGUCAAGUAUGUCGAGUACCUGGAGGACGUCCAAAAGGAGGUCUCGGACUCCACUCGAUUGAGCCUCGUAGCUUGUGCCGUAGCGGAACAGUGGCCUCAUGCGCUCCAAAACGACGAUCUCACCACGACCAUCCACUUCACCAGCAUUCUCUUCGCGCUUCUCGCCGCCAGCGACGAAAACGCCGCCGUUCUCGAGGUCCUCCGCUCUCGCAUGCUGUCGGCAGCCGAGUCGCACAAAAGGCAUAGGAAGACUCUCAAGAAGGCAUUUGAGGCUCAAGCUCGUGACCCGGCCACCCAUCAACUUCCAUCCCCAGCGCCAUCCCGCUCGUCCUCAGCAGGUCCCGAGAAGGAGCUCUCCACUGCCGACAACAUCACUUCCGUCUUCCCUGAGCCCAUACCGCUUCCGACUUCUCACCGCCCCCUCCCGCCGACCUACACUCCCGACUCCGACCUCUCCGCCAACCCGAGCACCUCACGCCUAGCAACACAAAUCCGCUCCCUCUCCUCCCCCACCUCCGAAGUCCGCCUCGGCGCCCUCUCCACCCUGACCAACCUCGUCCCCUCCCUCCUCACCUCCUCCUACUCCGAAGCCACGCAACUGCACCUCCUCCUCGGCGAGCUCCUGGAGACCGCACGCCAGCACGCCAUCGAGACCGCCAGCACCAGCACCAGCGAGCAGCAGCAGCACCAGCAGCCCCUCCCCGCCAUCGUGACGGAACUGGCUGUCAUGGCGCUCAGCGUCAUCACCGACCCCAGCGACGCCAUGUACGGCAAGGUCAACCGCUGGCUGAUGCGCGGGCCCAACUGGCAGCCACUGACGCGCGUGGUUCCUUACUGGGUCAGCCGCGUGCUGCUGGAGGAGCCGGAGAGCGAGGCGCCCGGCGCCGGCGAGGCGGAGAUGCUGCGGCUGCUGGCCGUGCUGGCGGACGGGAUGCGCGCGAGGCAGGAUGCGGAGUUGUGUCGGCGGGCCGGGGUGUGGGAGCGGCUGGGGAGCGUGUGUCUGCGCGCCGGGUGUAAGCGGGAGGUGCGCAGGGGGGUGUUGCGAUGCUUUUGGGCUGUGGCGGGCGUGGAGGAAGGGGCAAAUACGUUGAUCACUAGGGUGGGCGUGCGGGCUUGGUUGGAUGUGCUGGAGGGGAGGGAGAGGGGAGAGAUGCGGGAGGUGGUUCGGAAGGUGAGGGAGAGGGUGGAGGAGGCGUGUGAUGCGGAGUAUAUCAGGAGGUGGGAACAGGGCGUGGGCAAGAAGGGCACCGUGCUUGAGGCGGUGGAUGCUGGAGUCGGCGCUCGUGGGUUGUGA